AUGGGGGGUGUGGGAAACCCAAAUUCUGCAGGCCGCGCCCCCAAGUCGUAUAUCCCCGAGAUCCCCUUCAGGCGCCCACGAGCUCCACACCGGAGUUGGGUUUCCCCAACUAGGCACUUUCAGGGUCAACGGAGCAGACGCUGCGCUCCGGUCCUUUCCCGAAGCCGGGCUGCCCGGCCUCCAGGCGCACACAACAGGCGGCACCGCACAGCCCCCAGGAAUGCGGGCUCAGAUGCUGGUCCCCUUCACAGCGACGGAGAGCGACAGGCAAGAGCCCUAGAACAGAGCGUCGGAGACACCACCGAGCCCUGCAACCUCCGGAGCCCAGUGAUCCGGGGGACGAGGCACGGCGCACGGAGCCCAGGAACGCAGCCCGCAGUCGCGACCGGUCUCCCGCCCUCCGCAGAGGCGGCCCGGGAGCUCCGCGCCUCCCCCGCUGCCAGGCUCUGCUGCCCCGGGGCCCCGUCCUCCCGCCCCGGCGUGGGCGAGCUCCAACUCGCCGAGGCGACCUGCUCGCCCGGUGCCCGACGCCUAGACCCGAGGGAGCUAGAAGAAGAAAGACGCGGAGAGGGGGACACUGCCUUCGCCGGGACUGGUGACUUCGAGAAACCCUCCCGAAACCCGUCCAGUCGCGGCGGCCACGGUCCGGCCGACACGGGACCCAGCCGGCGGCCGGGGCGCGGUGCCCAGGCUCGGGCUGCUAGACGAGCGCUGCGCGCCCGCCCCGCCCCGCCCCACCUCGCCUCCCGGCCCGCCCCCCAUGGCUCCGCCCCGGCCCGCCCCCGAGGCUCAGUCCCUAGCCCGCCCGAGGUGGUGGCUGAGGCUGAGAAGCCGCCGGAGUCCCGGCGCAGGGCUCGCCACCGCACGUGGAGCGCCCUGCCCGCCCCGCCUCGGACCCAACCAAGCGGACUCCGGAGGGGUACCGCGAGCCUGGAAGGGGAGAAAGCCGUGGGAACCGCCCCUCACAGGCCCUGA